GAACAUAGAAUAUUACAGAGCCUGGGAAACAAAAGGGAAAAGUUUUUCAACAGGAGAGAGGAGAGAGAGAGUGCGAAGGCAGUCUCUCUUUUGGAUCUCUCAAGUAGGUGGAAAAAACAUAUAAUACAACAUAUAUAAUAUCUUGAAUAAGAAGAAAAUAACCUUUACUUCUGUUGAUUUUGAUGCGCCAUUGUGUCAUAGAAGUUCAUUCUUAAUUACAUCUUAGUCUCUAGAUUUAUUUCCCCUGAAGAUUGAAGAUCCUUGGGCUUGUCCUUUCGGGAGAAGUAUAUAUGAUGAGUCGAAUUCGAGCAUUUUCGUCUCCUUCAGUAUUACCACCAUCUUCUUCCACAAGUCAGAUAGAAGUCCGGCCAGAAGAUCAUAGUUUUGAAGGCAUUGCUACCAAUGUUAAGUUACUAUUGAAGCUAAUCCAAGAUCAGAAUGAGGCAAAAGACAAUGAUGCCAGAAAGACACAAAGAGUGGCUGGAAUGAUAUCAAUAAUUGAUGAUGUGAAAUCCCGGAUUCAAAAAUCUCAAAAUGGGGGGAGAAAAGCCGAGCUGAGGCGCUGUAACACAGAUCUUAAGCCACAUGCUCCUCCAAAGGACAAAAGGCCUCACGAGCCAAUAACUGAUGAGAAGGAGAAAUUGAGAAGAUCACUAAGUGCAAGCUUGGCAGCAAGAAAGAGCCUAGAAAUUAUGUGUUCAAGUUUGGGAAAGGAGAAGGAGAUUAUCGCAACUGAGCUUGCAAGGAAGGUUCAAGAAUUUCAUGGAAUGGAGGAACAUAUCAAUGAUCUUAGAGUGCAAAAUGAGAAGUUGUUGGCAAAAGUAAAAGCUUGUGCAGCAGAGCACAAAGAGAAUAAGUGUGGCGGUGAGGAAGAGAGUGAUACCUAUGGGAAUGCAGCGCUCCAGGAGCGGAACAAGGAACUUUCGGAGCAACUCCUUAAGUCCCUUGAUGGGUGUAGAUCCCUAAAGAGGAAGAUUAAAGCUGCACAUAAGGAAAAUGAUGCAAUGCACCUGGCGAUGGAGGAGAUUGGAAUGGAUAUUCAAGAUGGACUAGACCGAAUACGCUGCCUCAAGGAAGGGAUUGUGGCAGGGAAUGCAGAUAUUGAAGAGGAGCUUUUGGCAUUGGAGCAUCUGUUUGAGUCCUGCUACAUGAAGGUCUCAGAACAUGAGCAGAAGAAAAUUGAGAAAAACAAGGCCGAGGUGAAUGCUACUUAAUUAGCUUCUGUCAUCCCCAAAGAAGGAAAGGUAAUUAGAAACCAGAAAUGCCUGGUCUCUCCACUUUUGCAGUUUUGUUGGGUUGUCAAUAAAAGACAACAAACAUCUUGGAAAACUUAUAACAAAAGAAAGAAGCAGUUGUAAUUUGUCAGAAGUAGAAGAGAUUAGUGAUGCUGGAGAUUGUUGUUCAUGAACAAUCAGCUAGUUCAGGUUUCUAGGUUGGAUCUACAGUUGCCCAAAAGAGUUGUAAACUUACGAUUUUUCUUCUCAUUUCAUGUUCAUCCUGGAUAUCAACAAGGUUGAUAAUGGAAGGAUGUACAUAAUUUUGGAAGCUCUUGUUUUCAUUCCUAUCUUUCAAAAGUGCAGAACUUUGGUGACUAUUACCUUCAAGCAUUGUUGGCUGCA